GCGCCUCACGCUUGAGCGCUGGGGUUGGGCAGGACCAGGUUCCGUGCAACUUUCAAGUGAGUUACAAACUCCGCCCCGGAGGCUGGUGCUGGUGGUCGAACUCUCUGGGACCCCGGCGGCCGAGAGAACGGAGAUCCGGACCUGCCACCCGGACCCGGAACUAUCAGCCGCGCCCUGGACGGGCGGACGCGCGGUUCUCCGCGGUAGGAACUGUGGGACCGAGCCGCCAGGAUUCGGCGGCGCGGGGCGGAGGAACGCACUGGCCUGCCUUGGUCCUAAGGCGGCUUCCUCCGCAAGGCCCUACUGGUUUUGGGUUCGCCAUACUCCCAGCACUGUGGGAUCGGAGUCAGAGUGGUGACUUCUGCCUACGCCGUGGGACAGGUGUACCGCAACACCACUCGGCCCCUUGCCCCAGCUCCUGAGCGAGCGUCCCUCCGGUAGUCUCUUGGGGUCAUCCCCCAAGGCUGUCAGAAUGGUGUCCUGGAUGAUCUGUCGCCUGGUAGUGCUCAUAUUUGGCAUGCUGUAUCCCGCGUAUGCUUCCUACAAAGCUGUGAAGAGCAAGAACAUUCGAGAAUAUGUCCGCUGGAUGAUGUACUGGAUUGUCUUUGCAAUCUUCAUGGCAGCAGAAACCUUCACAGACAUCUUCAUUUCCUGGUUCCCUUUUUAUUAUGAGAUCAAGAUGGCCUUUGUGCUAUGGCUCCUCUCGCCUUACACCAAGGGGGCCAGCCUGCUUUACCGGAAGUUUGUCCACCCAUCCCUAUCCCGCCAUGAGAAGGAGAUUGAUGCAUGCAUUGUACAGGCCAAGGAGCGUAGCUACGAGACCAUGCUGAGUUUCGGGAAGCGGGGCCUCAACAUCGCUGCCUCGGCUGCUGUGCAGGCUGCUACCAAGAGUCAGGGUGCUCUAGCUGGAAGGCUGCGGAGCUUCUCCAUGCAAGACCUGCGCUCUAUCCCUGACACCCCUGCCCCCACCUACCAAGAUCCUCUCUACUUGGAAGACCAAGUACCCCGUCGCAGACCCCCAAUUGGGUACCGACCAGGUGGCCUGCAGGACAGUGACACAGAGGAUGGCUGUUGGUCAGACAAUGAGAUAGCCCCCCAGCCACCUGUCCGGACCCGAGAGAAGCCUCUGAGCCGCAGCCAGAGCCUUCGGGUGGUCAAGAGGAAGCCAUUGGUGCGAGAGGGCACCUCACGCUCCCUGAAGGUCCGAACCCGGAAAAAGACCAUACCGGCAGACAUGGAUAGCUAAAGCAUGCAGAUUUGGGCCAUCUUACCUCUGGAGCCAGCAGGGCACCAUUUGCUGCUACACCAGCUACCUGGGCUCUGCCCCUUUCGGCUUCUGCAGCUGCCUAAGGGGCACAUGGUGUGGUACCCUCAUGGGGAUGCACCCACAAUAUACCAAAGCAGGCCAGGCCCAGGGGCCUAUUUAUUGCCUUCCUCAAACAUGGGACCAGAACCCCACUAGUCCCUAUAAGUGAAAUCAAGAGCCCAACCACUUGUGUAAAUUCCCUCUUGUCCUUCAAAGUACUUGACAGCCUUUUCCAAGGCGUGUAUGUGUGUGUGUGUGUGUGUGUGUGUGUGUGUGUGUGUGUGUGUGUUUCAUGUUGGUAAGUGA